UCUCUCUCUCUCACUUCUUCCCCUUCUUUUCCAACUUAUUCCCUCUUUCACUCUCAAUUUCUUAAAAUCUUUUAAAAAUUAUAAUUAAUGUUUUAUUUGCAGUAAUCUCCAUUGUCUUCUCCGAUAUUCUUCCUCUCUCUCAUCCCCGUUUCUCGCUCUAAAAGUUACUCUGUUUCCGCCAUUGCUCUCUUUAACCUUUCUUCUUCCAUCUCAUAACUUCAAUUCGCUUAGACCAGGAAAUUUCAGUCAGUCAAUGGGGCUGUUCAGCUCUUUCCACCGUUCUUCUCCCUUCUUCUCCACCUUGAUUGUGCUUCUUCUUGUCAAAGGUUUCAAAGAGGUCUCCGGCGCUACAUUCACGUUCGUUAACAAGUGUGAAUUCACUGUCUGGCCGGGAAUUCUCGCCAGUGCUGGCAGCCCCAAACUGGAAUCCACCGGUUUCGAGCUCGUACAGGGUAGUUCUCGCUCUUUCCAAGCUCCGACCGCCUGGUCCGGUCGGUUCUGGGGCCGAACUAAUUGCAAUCUCAACGGCUCCGGCCGUAUCAUCUGCAACACUGGCGACUGUGGCUCCGGUGAGAUUGAGUGUAAUGGAGCUGGCGCCACCCCACCGGCCACGUUAGCCGAAUUCACACUCGGUUCCGGGUCGCAGGAUUUCUACGACGUCAGUCUCGUCGACGGCUAUAAUUUGCCGAUGAUAAUUGAGGGAACUGGUGGGUCAGGCACGUGCUCGUCGACCGGCUGCAUUACGGACCUGAAUCAGCUCUGCCCGGCAGAGCUGAAGGCAGAGGGUGGCGGCGCGUGUAAAAGCGCCUGUGAGGCAUUUGCCUCGCCGGAAUACUGCUGCAGCGGAACGUAUAACUCGCCGGCGACUUGCCAGCCGUCAGUAUACUCAGAAAUGUUCAAAUCGGCGUGUCCCAGAUCGUAUAGCUACGCUUAUGAUGACGCCACAAGCACAUUCACCUGUAAUGGGGCUGAUUACACCAUCACAUUUUGCCCUUCUCCUCCGAGUCAGAAAUCUUCGAGGGAUUCGUCGCCAGUGAUACCAGAGCCAACAACAGAGCAGUCGGGAUCAGAGCCCGAGACCAAGCCAGGAUCAGAAUCGGGAUUAGGUUCACUACAAGGAGCAACAUUAAGUAAUUCUUGGCUUGCAGAUAUGGCCAUAGGAGGCUCUUCCAUUGCCGGAAAACCAAACAUAGCAUUUCAAUUUGGGUCAAGUAUUAUAUUCUUGGUCGUUCUAUCUCUAGGUCUUCUUUUAGAAUAAAAUAUAAAAUGAAGACCAAAUUCAUCGAUCAAAUCCCGAAGUAUUGAUGUAUGUACAGAAUUUAAGGCCAAAAGAAGUUGCUUUUUUUUUCUUUUUUUUCAUUUAGAGAUGGGUAGAAAAUUAAAAUAUAAAAAAAAGGCACUUUAUUUGGCUUUAGUAUUUGUUGAAUUUGGAUGAUUCCCAAGCUUGAAAGGUUAAUAUUAAGUGGGAAUUUGGAA